UGACACCCAUCUUCACCCCCUCUCUCUCCCCCCUCCCCGGUGCAGAGGGGCCCGGGGUCCCCGGGGACCCCCCAAGCGGUCCCACCCCCUGGGAGUCCUGACGGGGCCCGGGAACGCGGCCGAGUCUGUCAUCGACCCCGACAUGGAGGCCCUGUUCGAGGACUUCCUGGGGAAAGUGACGAUGAUGGCCUCGGCGGCCUCGCGCCCCCCGGCCCAGCCGUACCACUACGUGCUGCGGGACACGGAGCAGAAGGGGCUGUGCCUGCGGGACGGGCACCUGGUGGCCACCAGCCUGCAGGGCGCCAACGCCGCCCAGGAAGAGCCCAUCAGCGUCGUGCCCAACCGGCACCUGGAGCGCUGGCGCUGCCCCCUCAUCGUGGGCAUCCGCGGGGGCACCCGCGCCCUGUCCUGCGGCACCGGCCCCGAGCCUUGGCUGCACCUGGAGGACGUGGAGCUGCUGGAGCUGUUCUCAAAGAAGGGAGACGAGGCCACGCCCUUCACCUUCUACAAAACCUUCGGGGGGUCCACGCACACCUUCGAGGCCGCAGCGUUCCCAGGGCUGUUCCUCAGCACGGCCCCAGGCCCGGGGGAGGCCCUGGCCAUGGCCCCCCCCCACGGGGCCACCGCCUUCUACCUGCGCCGAAAGUGACCCCGG